CAUCAUUCAGUUUAAAAAUGCAUCCAGAAUAAAUCUUCUGUGCUCCUACAAAUCUCGCUAGUCACUGCUCAGAGGUGGAAAACCCUUCUGACUCUCUCGUUUUGCAUACCUGUACCAGUAUUUUUCCACUAUAGUCGAACAUACUCAAGGCUCUCGUGACAAUACUCGCAGAAUGUGGAUGUAGACAGUGGGGAGGUCAUGAAUCUGGCAGGCGUGGUCGUGGGCUGGUCCAGCCUGCAAUAAACGUCAAAAAAACAGAGGGGAUGCGUAGGUCUAGGAAAACACAGACCCAAACCAAUACCAUUCCUACUGGAAAACAAGCCUAACUAUCGAUUUACAGGUGCACGCGGCUGUUUUGACACAUUGCAUUGCAGAUUCAUAGCGUCUGUGUGCGUAAAGGACAAAGAGGAGACAAUGUUGUAAGCCAUCUCGCUUGGUCCUGCUUUGCCUUUCUUUUCCUUUUUAUUGGUUUUCUUUCUAUCCUCCUUCUCCUCUUUCCCACACUGGGAAAAAGAAGAUGAGUAGAACUCCCACCCCUAAAGGGACUCCGGUCCAGCACAGUCCUGUAGAUGGGGAGUGUCUGGAGGGAGAAAUGAUCCAGUCUCCCCAGCAGUCAACACCGUCCAGCGGCCUCAAGAAACGAAUUUCCAGUCUCCUGCAAAGCCCUUCCUUUAGAGAGGAGCUGGAUGUGUUGAUUCAGGAGCAGAUGAAGAAAGAAGGAAGUUCCUCCAAUAUGUGGGCUCUCAGACAGAUCGCAGACUUCAUGGCCACUCACGGAUCUCCAGCCUCGCUGCCCAUCACUCAAUCCACCGUUACCAUGGUGACCCCCAUUAACGAUCUGCACGGAUGGGAGCCGGGCUCCAUGGUGAAGGGGGAGAGACUGAUGCGCUGCAAGCUGGCUAGUGUACACCGUCUGGUGGAUCUGUACGGCUGGGCCCAGCUGGCCAGCACGUGCCUCACAAUGCGUGUAAGUAAAGAACAGGAACAUUUCCUCGUGCUGCCGGAUGGUCUGGCCUACGGGGAGGUGACUGCCUCCAGUCUGGUGAAGGUAAACAUUCUCGGGGAGGUGGUAGAGAAAGGCAGCACUACUCUGGGAGUGGAUCUGUCUGCAUUCAGCUUGCACUCUGCGAUCUAUUCAGCUCGACCGGACGUCCGCUGCCUGCUGCACCUCCACACUCCAGCCAUAGCUGCGGUAUCAGCCAUGAAAUGUGGCCUUCUACCAUUAUCCCAUGAGGCUUUGCUGGUGGGCGAGGUAGCUUAUUAUGACUAUAAUGGAGUGAUGGAGGCAGAAGAGGACAGAGUGGAACUCCAGAAGAGCCUCGGCCCUACAUGCAAGGUGUUGGUAUUGAGGAACCAUGGAAUCGUGGCACUGGGAGAGUCAGUGGAGGAGGCCUUUUACACAAUUUACCACAUCCAGACCGCCUGUCAAAUACAGGUGGCAGCGCUGUGCAGCGCUGGAGGGGAACAAAACCUAAUCAUGCUGGACCGCAACAUUCACAGGCCAGUCCCCACAGGCACUGUGGGUUGGGCUGGAUCCACCUUCGGCCCCAUGCACAAGAGCAGGCUGGGAGAACAUGAGUUUGAAGCAUUGAUGAGGACGCUGGACAAUCUGGGUUACCGUACAGGAUACGCCUACCGUUUCCCAGUGCUGCUGGAGCGCUCCAGAACCAGGAGAGAGGUGGAGGUUCCUGCCACCGUCACGUCAUUUUCCUUUCAUGAGGACGGGGUUCAGCCUCAUCCCCGACUCCUUCCCCAUGCCCAGAGACAACAGCAGAAGACUAGAUGGCUGAACACCCCAAAUGUCUAUCAGAAAGUCAGCCAGGACCAGGCCAGUCCGGGACAUCGGACUACGUGGCAGAAGGCAGAGGAAAUCACACAGGGCAGUGGACGGGCCAUUAAAAUAGAGAAUCCAAACCAGUUUGUCCCUCUGUUCACCAACCCACAGGAGGUGCUUGAGACUAGAAAUAAGAUAAGAGAGCAGAAUCGUCAGGACAUGAAAACAGCUGGACCUCGGUCUCAGGUGUUAGCCAGCGUCAUCACAGACAACAGUCCACCGUCUCCAGAGGCUGUGGAGACUCCAGCCACACUGGAACCAGAGACUCCAAAUCCCUUCAAUGAGCUGACGGAUCAGGAGCUGGACGAGUACCGCAAGGAGGUGCAGCGCAAGCAACAUGGCCAGCAGGACGGUGUGGAGGAGGUGGUGAAUGACACGGGGACUUCCCCAACUACCUCCCCCAAAAAGACCCCACCGUCAGAUGGAAAAAUCACAGAUGCUGUGCAGAACGAUAAAGGCGAUGAAAAGAAACAGCAGGAGGAGCUAGAAAAACAAAUGAAAGCCCUGUCCACCACUGACACUUCGGAAACCACGCCGGUCCCACCCACUGCCCCGCCUAACAAACCUGCAGGCAACACCCCAGAGGGCUCACCUUCCAAAUCGCCAUCAAAGAAAAAAAAGAAGUUCAAGGCCCCCUGUUUUCUAAAGAAAAGCAAGAAACAAAAAGAGAAAGCAGAAUCUUGAACUCUUACAGACACAUUCUCCAAGUGUUCUUCACUAAUACUUACACAUACAUCACCUUCACAUCCAGUCAGACUCACUGUGUAUCCAUGUACUGACCUUUACAUGAUGCCAUACGAGUUUUUGAUUAUGGUUUUGUGACUUGAAACAUGUUUUCGGUACACUCUGUCCACGCCGAUGCAAAUUUCACAAUGCUUCACUGAUGCACAUUAAAAUGUGACCCUUCCCCUUGAUUUAAAAUGAAUUGCACUUAGUACACGUAUAGGGAAAAAAAGAGAAUGUGGCAUUGAGUAAGCAUUGAUUGUUCAUGUCUAUUGAUUCUGAUUGUUACUCAUUAUCGUGUUUAUAUAAUUACAUGUGGCAUAACUGUUCUAAAAUCUUUUUUUAACUACCAUAAACAUCUACAUCUCAUUUUGUUAUGAAUAGCAGGGAUAAACUAAUUGAAAAUGCACCAUUCACUGGAAAUCAUGUUUGCAAUGGCUUGCAAAUAAUACACGUCAAAAGGCCAAAAUAAGCAAGAUCAUAGCUUGUUGCUGCAAAGAAAAUCCAACUUGAAAUGCAUGACUUUGAUCCACUUUUUUUUUGUAUCUUUAUUUGAUAUGUAUGCAGGAGACUUCUUUGCAGUUGUAAUUAUUUUUAUGAUCAUUCACUGUUAUUUAAAUGCUUUUGUGUGUAUAUUAGCUGGUUUGUAAACUUAAUUCCAUGUCAAUAUUAGAAUGUAAAAUGCUAGGAUCGGAUGUACCAUUCAUUAAAGAUCACAUCCAUGUAA